GCGCCGCUGUCAGGCGGGGGGCCGCCUCGUUUGGGUGUGGGGAAGCAUAAGUGCGCGUGCGCACUGCGGGCUGGGUUGCAGCAGCAGCAGCAGGCAGGCAGAGCCAAGCGGCGGCGGCAGCGGCGGUUGAGCUCGCGGUCGGUUCCUCUAACGCCCGAUCACCAUGGCCGAUGACCUGGACUUCGAGACCGGCGAUGCCGGGGCCUCCGCCACCUUCCCCAUGCAGUGCUCGGCCCUCCGCAAAAACGGGUUCGUGGUGCUCAAGGGGCGCCCCUGCAAGAUCGUCGAGAUGUCCACCUCCAAGACCGGCAAGCACGGCCACGCCAAGGUGCACCUGGUUGGCAUCGACAUCUUCACCGGGAAGAAAUACGAAGAUAUCUGCCCUUCCACCCACAACAUGGAUGUGCCCAACAUCAAGAGAAACGACUUCCAGCUGAUCGGGAUCCAGGACGGGUACCUGUCCCUCCUCCAGGACAGCGGGGAUGUGCGGGAGGACCUGCGUCUGCCCGAGGGGGACCUGGGCAAAGAGAUCGAGCAGAAAUACGACUGCGGAGAAGAGAUCCUGAUCACUGUGCUGUCCGCAAUGACCGAGGAAGCUGCUGUCGCCAUCAAAGCCAUGGCUAAAUAAAGGAACCACAGGGCGGCGACAGCAACUUUUACUACAAACCAGAGAAUUGCAACCCCCCCAAAACCGGCUCCAUGUGGCUCAGCCCCCCCAGAUCUCAGCCCCCCCAUGAAACUCCCUAGCCCCUGCCCCCGGGGAAUUAAAACGAAGGAACAAAAAUCCUUUUAAUUUGGUCUUUUUGUUGGUUCUGGAAGCUGAUUCUCCCCCCUGCCCUCCUGGGGGGGGGGGUUGUUUUUGGCUCCCCCUUUUUCCCCCCUGCUCCUCCCCUGGGGUGCUUGGAACACUACAUCGGUGUGAGGAAGGGGGGGAUUAUUUAAAGGGGGGGUUGAGAGAAAUUGACAGAAGUGGGGUGGGAAGCCUCCCUAAGCAUUUUUUUAAUGUCCUCCCAAACCCUGCAGAGGGUGGGGUCCCCAAAACCUGGCCAUUGUGGAUCUCAAACCAAGAACCCCCCCAAAGUCCCUGCAGAUCUCAGGUCCCCCCAAAUCUAAGAUCCCUUUGAAAAAUGGGUGGGGGGGUGCCCCAAACCCAGGAGUUCUUGGGUCCUUUUGAAAAUGGAAUCUCAGCCCCCUCCCCCUGCAGGCCAACACCCCCCCAGCCCCCCUUUUUAGCCUCUCCUAGGGCAAAAAGGCUAGUGAGUGACUGGGGUGGGGUGAGGGCGCAGCAUCCUGCUGCCUCCUCAUUGGUCGAGGUGACCUGAGCUGUCUGCUUCCUGUUGUCUCUCCCCCCAGCUGUGGGGCAGCUGUUGCCAGGGGUGAUGCCCCCAUUCUGGCCCCACCCCCCCCUAAAAGGGCACCUGUCUGCCCUGCUGUUUGGAGGACGGGGCCCACCUGGCUGAGGGGCGUAGCUGCUCCCCUUCCCUACUGCUGCGCGGGACCCAGGGGUGUACCCAGCACCCCCCUGGUCACCUCCCUGCUGGAGCUCUCGGGGUGGGGGCAAAGGGGGGGUGUCCUGGGUCACCCACUAGCCCCCCUUCUCUUGCCCCCUUCUCCAGGUUCAUCUCUCCCCCCGCCCUGCUGUCAAGGGGUCAGCACCCGCCCCCCACACAUUUGUUAAUCAGCCUCAAUAAAAGUUUAAUACGAA